AUGGGUCUGUCUGUUUCUAAACCUGACAUUAAAGCCAUUUUGUUUUCACCACUAUUUAUUUCUCGAAUUGUCUCUAUCAUUUUUGCAAUUAUAAUAAUUGCCUGCAUUGAUCGUGAUGGCUACUUUGUUGGCAAGUGCGUCUUUAAUAGUAAAGGUUCCGCUUGUGGAUUUGCUUUGACUGUUGCUAGCUUUGGGUUCAUAUUCUGCCUGGUGUAUAUUGUCCUAGAUAUCCUGUUUCUUGGAAUACCGCAAUCUUACCAAAGAUUUAUUGUUAUAUUUGAUCUUGGAUUUGAUUGUUUCUGGACAUUUAUAUUUUUCGUGCUCUUUUGCUAUAUGGCUAAUCAUUGGCAGUUUUCAGAUGAAAAACCUGAAAUCUUGGAGUUGCUUAAUUUAAAUAAUGUUCGUGCUUCGAUUGCUUUCGCUUUCUUUUCGAUAUUCUCUUGGGGAGCUAUGAGUUAUACAGCAUACCGUCGAUACAAAUCUAUUCGAAGGUACAAUCAGUAUCCUGAUGACGUCACUGAUAGUAAUCACAGGCCGAGUGCAGAUGUUGGUGGCAGUGGCUAUAUUGACUACUUCAAUCAAACUCCAAUUCCUGUGCAAACCGGUUUCGAUACAUCGAUGGCAGCCGAUGAUGAAUUCAUUGCCAGUGGGCAAAAUCGGGGCGGCGAUACUGAGCUGCUUACUUCUUAA